AUGCCCGUCCCCAUCCCCGGCACGCCCUGCCCCGACUUCGAGGUCGACGUCGUCACCCCUGAGCUUAAGUUCGCCAAGCGCAAGCUCUCUGACUACAAGGGCAAGUACCUGAUUGUCUUCUUCUACCCGCUCGACUUCACCUUCGUCUGCCCCUCGGAGAUCAUCCACUUCUCGAAUCUGGCUGAGCAGCUGAAGAAGAAGUGCAACGCGGAGAUCAUCAUCGGCUCGACGGACUCCGUCUACAGCCACUACGCCUGGUGCCUCCAGGGCCAGAACGAGGGCGGCAUCGGGACGUGCAAGUGCGACCUCUUCGCCGACACGAACCACAAGAUGGCCCGCGACUUCGGCGUUCUGGUCGAGGACGCCGGCAUUGCGCUCCGCGGGAUGUUCAUCGUCUCUGACAAGGGCGUCGUUCGCCACGUCACGAUCAACGAUCUUCCAGUGGGUCGCUCGGUGGAGGAGGCCAUGCGCCUGGUCCAGGCCUUCCAGUACGCUGAUAAAACCGGCGGCGUCAUCCCGUGCGGCUGGACCCCCGAGAAGAACGACACUAUCAUCCCCGACCCCGAGAAGAAGAAGGAGUACUUCUCCAAGACGUUCAAGAAGUAA